UGCAACAAUUACAAUAGAAUCAUUGUUUUUGUACAUUCUAUCUAAACAGUAUCAUAUGUAGUUGAGUCAAUACCUAGAAAGAUCUACCGAACGGGUCAUUGAAGAAGGUGAUGUAGAGGGUGUGCUGCUUACCGGUCUUACCCUCCGGGCAGUAGAUCUUUUCGAACAAACAGUCAACCGGUACGGCGAUGUACAAACUGCAAGCCUUGUCUUGAGCUACGUUGUGCCUCAACGAUUCAAAGACAAGCGUGUCGAAGACUGGGUGGAAAGCUAUCGAGGUCUUUUAGAUCGAUGGCAAUUGUGGCACCAACGCGCCAAAUUUGACAUUGAGCGCGGAAAGCGUAUGAACAAUUCGAGUGAAGUAGCACCACCCCAGGUAUAUGUUCGCUGUACAUAUUGCUCUCAAUCUUUGGGUCACAGUUUGUUGGUUCAAAAUGUACGCAGCCGAGAUGGAAAACGGAUGAACGUACAAACCAAUAUUUCGCCAGCUUCAUCGGGCGGUCGAGCCUCUGGAAAACACAAGCCUACCGUAUGCCCAAGUUGUCGCAAACCACUUCCUCGAUGUGCCUUGUGUUUAUUACAUUUAGGAACACCUAUUGAUCCUGUACGGCGAACGAUUGCUGCGAACGAUUCACGAAAAGCUGAUCCUGCUAGCUUUGAACUCUGGUUUACAUGGUGCCAGACGUGUCGCCACGGUGGACAUGCUGUACAUAUAUUUGAUUGGUUUAGAAGCCAUACAACAUGCCCUGUCAGCAACUGUUCAUGCCAUUGCUACAGUUUGAGUACAGUUCCAAAGUGAAUAAAAUUCCACACCCUACCGCCUUCUAUUUUUGUCGGUGACUGCAAGCUCGAAAAACGCGUUUCUUUAACUUUCAUGUG